AUGGAAAAAUAUCAAAGAAUCAAAGAAAUUGGGCGUGGAUCAUAUGGGGUUGUCUAUAAAGCAUUAAAUACGGAGAAUGACGAACUGGUUGCAGUCAAGAAGAUGAUCAACAGAAAGUAUCAUUCGAGUAAAGAAUGCAUGAAUCUGAGAGAAGUCAAGGAAUGCACUCUCUUCGAUCGUAUGAGACACAGAACAGAUCCCUAUUCUGAAACCGAGAUCAGAAACUUGUGUUUCCAAAUCUUUCAAGGUCUUGCGUACAUGCAUGGCACGGGUGGCUACUUUCAUCGCGACCUUAAACCAGAAAACCUUCUUGUUUCCAAGGAUGUAAUCAAGAUUGCGGAUCUUGGUCAAGCUCGUGAGAUCAAUGGCGAACCUCCAUACACCCAUUAUGUUUCAACACGCAGGUAUCGUGCCCCUGAGGUUCUUCUCCAUGCACUCGAACAUGAUUCUUCAGUUGAUAUGUGGGCAAUGGGUGCAAUCAUGGUCGAAUUAUUUACCCUCCGACCACUAUUUCAAGGUUCUUCUACAACAGACGUAAUACACAAGAUUUGCAGCGUGAUCGGCAGCCCAACAGACACCACAUGGAGUUUGUUCAAUUAUCGGUUUCCAGAGUUUCCUGGUGUGGAUCUUUCUUCAUUGUUACCAUCUGCAAGCCCAGAAGCAAUCAAUCUGAUUUCUACCCUCCUUUCAUGGAGUCCAUGCGCAAGGCCAACAGCCAAAGAGGCUCUUGAGCAUCCAUUCUUCUAUGGGUGUUCCCAUAUUCCACACCCCCAAUUCGAACGUGUUACUUUGUCUCCAAUGAUCAGAAACCGAGCGCUACCGGUUAGGGUUAGAUCCAGGAUUUAA